AUGGCGGAAUUCGGAUCCAAGUGGCGAGGUCUGAGAUCGGUAAUCAUGGUCUUAAUCAAUUUCGGUCUAGCUUUUGCCUUGGUUUCCGCUGAAAGGAGCUUCAAAGGAAAAUCUCUAAGGUUUGCAUCAGAAAGUAGGGGAAGUGAAUCCAGUUUCUUCCUCAGAGCAGUGAAUUUUCUAUGGGAAUCUGAUCAAACCGGUUAUCAACAUGUCUGGCCUGAACUUGAGUUUAACUGGCAAAUUGUUAUGGGCACUCUUGUUGGAUUCUUUGGAGCUGCGUUUGGUAGUGUAGGUGGUGUUGGUGGAGGUGGGAUUUUCGUUCCCAUGCUCAGCUUGAUUAUUGGGUUUGAUCCUAAAUCAGCCACAGCCAUUUCUAAAUGCAUGAUCAUGGGUGCUGCUGUGUCAACUGUUUAUUACAACCUUAGAUUGAGGCAUCCUACGCUUGAUAUGCCCAUCAUUGACUAUGAUCUCGCCCUGCUCAUCCAGCCCAUGCUCAUGCUCGGGAUUAGCAUUGGGGUUUCUUUCAAUGUCAUUUUUCCAGAUUGGAUGGUCACAGUUCUACUCAUCAUUCUCUUUUUCGGCACGUCAACAAGGGCCUUUAUGAAGGGUUGUGAGACUUGGAAAAAGGAAACUAUAGAGAAACAGGAGGCUGCUAAGCGUUUAGAGUCAAAUGGUGUAUCUGCUGGCACAGAAGUGGAAUACAUGCCUCUUCUCGCAGCCCCGAGCACCAACACUGGAAACAACAAGAAAGAAGAAGUAAGUAUUCUUGAAAAUGUAUACUGGAAGGAACUGGGGCUUCUGGUUUUUGUCUGGGUUGUAUACUUGGCCCUGCAGCUAACCAAGCAAAACAUGGCUACUUGUUCUGUAGCAUACUGGGUCAUAAAUUUGUUACAGAUUCCAGUUGCAGUCGGCGUGUCAGGCUAUGAGGCAGCAGCUUUGUACCAGGGUAGAAGAGUCAUUGCAUCUACGGGGCAAGGAGACUCGCAUUUUACAGUUGGCCAGCUUCUUCUGUACUGUACUCUUGGGAUAUUGGCGGGUAUAGUUGGUGGCCUACUCGGUUUAGGCGGUGGUUUCAUCAUGGGUCCAUUGUUUUUAGAGCUAGGUGUCCCACCACAGGUCUCAAGUGCUACAGCCACUUUUGCAAUGACUUUCUCUUCAUCCAUGUCUGUUGUAGAAUACUAUCUUCUCAAACGUUUCCCUGUUCCAUAUGCUCUCUACCUUGUGGCAGUGGCAACGAUUGCAGCUUUGAUUGGACAGCAUGUAGUCCGAAGGCUAAUUGCAGUUAUCGGUCGGGCAUCUCUCAUCAUCUUCAUCCUCGCAUCCAUGAUUUUUAUCAGCGCGAUAUCGCUUGGUGGCGUGGGAAUAGUGAACAUGGUCGGCAAAUUCCAACGGCACGAGUACAUGGGUUUCGAGAAUCUUUGCAAGUACAGUGGUUGA